UCCCCCGGCCCUGACGGGAGAGAGCACCCCCGAUUCCACCUUGCAGCGGGCGCGCGGGCUGAGGGUGGGAGAGCCCGGGAGCCCCUGCCGGCUGCAGCCCGAGCUUUGGGUGUCGCGCCCGCCCGGCUGUCAGCCUCCGGCUUCACUUUCUCCGCCGCCCGCUCCUGGCAGCACCGGCUCAGCCUGCGGGAGGUUCCCGCUGGGUCGCCACCCCCAGGAUGGCUUCCGCCUCCGGAACCCCUGCUUUCAGGCUGGGGACCUAUGAUAGAGUCUGGGAAGAUGGAGCUGAUGUGGACACAGGACAGCGGGGCCUUGGGGAUGAGCUGACACCCAUGGACUCACCCUAUGUGCCCGAGGACAGGAACCACGCCCCUCUGAUCAAAGUGAAACUCCCAAUGAGAACAGGUGCCAGCCAGCUGGACCUAAACCGCUUUGACCGUGACCGGCUCUUCAGCGCCGCUGCCCGGGGUGUCCCCGAGGACCUGGCGGGGCUACUGAAGUACCUUCGCGCUACCAGCAAGUACCUCACCGACUCAGAGUACACAGAGGGCUCCACCGGGAAGACGUGCCUGAUGAAGGCCGUGCUGAACCUUCGGGAUGGAGCCAAUGCCUGCAUCCUGCCGCUGCUGCAGAUCGACCGGGACUCGGGCAACCCCAGGCCUCUGGUCAACGCCCAGUGCACAGACGAGUACUACCGAGGCCACAGCGCCCUGCACAUCGCCAUCGAGAAGAGGAGCCUGCAGUGCGUGCGGCUGCUGGUGGAGAACGGUGCCGACGUGCAUGCCCGGGCCUGCGGCCGCUUCUUCCAGAGGAAAAGCCAAGGCACUUGCUUUUAUUUUGGUGAGCUGCCCCUCUCGCUGGCGGUCUGCACCAAUCAGUGGGAUGUGGUGGCCUACCUCCUGGAGAACCAGCACCAGCCUGCCAGCCUGCAGGCUGCCGACUCGCUGGGCAACACGGUCCUGCACGCGCUGGUGAUGAUUGCAGACAACUCGGCUGAGAACAGCGCUCUGGUGACCCACAUGUACGACAGGCUCCUCCAGGCUGGGGCCAGCCUCUGCCCCUCGCUGCGGCUCGAGGACAUCCCCAACAGGCAGGGCCUUACACCCCUGAAGCUGGCUGCCCAGGAGGGCAAAAUGGAGAUUUUCAGGCACAUCCUGCAGCGAGAGUUCUCGGGACCGUACCAGUGCCUUUCCCGGAAGUUCACUGAGUGGUGCUACGGGCCGGUCCGGGUGUCACUGUAUGACAUGGCCUCUGUGGACAGCUGUGAGGAGAACUCGGUACUGGAGAUCAUCGCCUUUCACUGCCGGAGCCCGCACCGAUACCAAAUGGUGGUUUUGGAGCCGCUGAACCAACUGCUGCAGGCGAAAUGGGACCUGCUCAGGCCCAGGUUCUUCUUCAACUUCCUGUGUUUCUUGACCUACAUGCUCAUCUUCACCGCUGUGGUCUACUGCGAGCCUGCCCUGGAAAAGGCCUUCCUCCCCAUGAAGGGGACAGUGGGAAACUCCCUGCAGCUACUGGGCCACAUCCUGAUCCUGCUUGGGGGCGGCUACCUCCUCCUGGGCCAGGUGAGGGCUCCUUCCUCUCCCCACUCCAUGUGGCUCCCAGCCUGCCCAGGGGCCGCGAGGAGCCUUAGAGCCAGGUCACCACAGUACCUUCGUUUAUGGGGAAACUGAGAACCAGUCCCACCCUGACUGCCUCUGGGCGGUUGAAGGCCUCGCCUGCUGGGGCUGCUACCCUCCUACUAUGCUUUCUAGAGCUGCAGUGGCCAACCUUUUGGACCUCAUGGGCCACCGGUUGGCGACCGCUGCUCUAGAGUGCCCGUGGUGUGGAAAUGGCUCCUAUGACUCCUUGCCAGUGCCAGCUCUGCCCCCGGGGAAAUCGAGCUGGAAGCCCCAGCCCCUAGGUCCCUGAGCUGGGGCAUUCCUCCCUUGGGGAGCACAGAAGGUGGGGCUCAGCCCACUCCCCCAGCCGGGCUUCUGCCUUUGAAAGUGCUGCAAGCUCGCAG